UCCGUCCGUCGGCAUUUUCGGUGCGAGCGAAGGCCGAAGUUUGUCAUCACCACGUCGGGCCCAUCAGACUGCGGAGGACUCCAUACAUUGAAGCGGCUGCUGUCGCCGCUAUAUAUUGGCACUAUCUAUCUCAUGCCCAGUUGAGCAAUUAUCGAAACAACAAAACAACCAAAGCAACCAUGCCCUCCAAGAUCCUGAAAGAUGGCACAGUGUUGGCCUUCGAUCAAACAAGCCAAUCGAUCCGGGUGCUCCGGAAAGCUUCCAUCCUGAUCGACAAUGACCGCAUCUCCGCAGUUGAAGAAGAUUUUGAAGCCUUGCCUAAAUCAGAAGGAGUCGAAAUAAUUGACGUGUCCGGCAAAAUCGUCUCGCCUGGCUUCGUCAACACGCAUGUUCACAUGUGGCAGACCGUCUACCGCACCCUAGGCCCGAAUGUGACCCUCUCGCAAUAUUUUGACUGGGUCAGUCAAGCUUCGGAAGGCGCCAGAGCGGCAUUUACUCCUGAAGAUAUACACAUUAGUUCGCUUGAGGGGUACCUCGAGGGUCUGAACUCCGGCGUGACUUCGUGCGUUGAGCAUGCCCAUAACAAUUGGUCGGCGCCUGUCAUGGAGUCGGGAUACCGUGCGGCUGUUGAAAGUGGUGCUCGCGUCUGGUGGUGCUACGACGUCGCACCUCGUCCAACCUUCUCGGCGGAUGAACAGUGGGCAGCCUAUGGAGGGCUGGAGCAGGAUGAAAGUAGGCGGGUGCUGCCCGGACUUUCGCUCGAUGGGCUUAGUUGGACUCUCCUCAACGGAGAUGGCAAAGGUCUAGAAUUCAUACAGGAGAAAAAGGAGACGUUGAACCUUCAAGCUCUCACUCUUCACCAUCUGGGUAGUCCUUGGCCGCAAGGAAACUCAUCGCCGACUCGUGUCUGCGCAGAUAACGAGAUCCACUCAGCCGGAUUGCCCAUCAUCUUCUCCCAUGCUCCCUUCCUCACCGAGUCCGACAUGAAAGCGCUCCGUGACAACGACAUGUUCGUCUCAAUCACACCAGAGUCCGAAUGCCACUACGGCCACGGGCAGAGCACAGGACAUCUAAUCUCUGACCAAGCCUCACUGGGCCUCGAUACCACGUGGACCUUCUCCGGUGACAUGUUGAGCCAAACACGACUGUGGUUGCAACUGGUCCGUUUGCGAAACUACACCAAGACACUCGAUACAGGUCGCCUGCCUAACGCCAACCCGAUGCCCGUCGAGCAGGCGUUCCUGCUAGCAACUCGCCAGGGCGGACGCGCUUUGCACCGCGACGAUAUCGGAGUUAUCACAGUCGGUGCAAAGGCCGACUUGGUCGUGUUCAACGGGGAUAGUCCGAACAUGUUAGGGUGGAGCGACCCGAUUGCGGCUAUUGUGCUGCACGCGAAUGCAGGCGAUGUCAAGCACGUUCUUGUGGAUGGGGAAUGGAGGAAGCGGGACUUUAAGCUGGUCGAUCUCUCGCAACCCUGGGAGGGUUUGCGUAGUAAGUUCGUGGAGGCCUCGAAGCGCAUCCAAGCCCAGCUUGCGGUUCCGCCUCCACUUCCAGAGAAGUUAUGGGGUGUUGGAGAGUUUGGGAAUGUUGAGCAUGUAUCAACGGUGAGGAAAUAG